GGUUUCUGUCCUUUCUAGUUUUCCCGCGAAUCCGGCCAAACCCUCACGCGAAUAACCCCCGAGUCCUCAGCUGCCGGAGCAUUCGGAGACGUAGGGAAUGGAGAUUGUUCGAUCGCAGAGGGAACCGACUCAUGCUGCCGCCUCGACAACGUCGGCUAAACUCUCUUUCUACCGCUUCGCGCCGGCGCUCGAAGUCCGGCUGGAAGAUUUUGAACUCUACGCCAUAGAUCGCCUCCGAGUCCUGCAGGGUAUUUCAGAUGGUUUGUCCCGAGGAAAAAAGCCCGAAGAGAUGGAGAAAUUGGUAACUGAACUAUGGAGGGCACAUAUGAGGCAUCAAGAUCCAUCAGAGGUCAUGAACAAAGACAUCAUUUCACACUUCGUUCUCCGUCUUGUAUAUUGUAGAACGGAUGAAUUAAGGAAAUGGUUUCUUUCCAUGGAGACUUCUCUUUUCCGCUAUAGAUUCCGACUAGAAAGCCCCGAAUCACAGAGGUCACUCAUGUCCGAAUUUCAGCUACCCUAUAAGGCUAUUAGUCGUGCAGAAUUUGAGACUGUAAAGGAAAAAUUGAACCAAGUUGCACGUUCUAUUGGCCAGUCGUUGAAUGCUGAUACACUCUUUUUUAAGGCACCCUUUGAAGAAGUGCCAGAAUUAUUUGCUGGCCGCAGGGUUUUCCUACAAAAAGGUUUUGCUUAUGUUGCGAUGCAUCAGGUUGUGUCCCUUGUUGCCACUCAAUUCCGAAGCAAUCUCUCAAAGUGCCUUGUCUUAACCAACAGAAAAUGGACAUCAACCAUUAGAGACACAGAAAGAGACAGGCUAGCCCCUAUCAUCGAAGCACUAAGCACUGGGUACCUGGGGCCUGAUUACUCUCAGCCUAAAAAUUCUGCUGAGAUAUCUUUGAAGGACAUCAACGGGCUAGCUAGCAGUUCUUUUCCUCUUUGCAUGCGCCAUUUAUUUGAUAAGUUAAGAGAAACUCACCAUUUAAAGCAUGGAGGAAGAAUGCAACUUGGACUUUUCUUGAAGGGUGUAGGCUUAAGACUGGAAGAUGCUCUUCUAUUCUGGAAAUCAGAGUUCUCUCAGAAGGUUGGUGCUGAACGUUUUGAUAAAGAAUAUGCAUAUUCAAUACGGCACAACUAUGGAAAAGAAGGAAAAAGAACAGAUUACACUCCUUAUUCUUGCCAAAAAGUUAUUUCUUCUACUCCUAGCACUGGUGAUCACCACGGCUGUCCUUAUCGGCAUUUCAGUGAGGAAAAUUUGAGAGCUGCUCUUACUAAAAUGGGAGUUUGUGGACGUUCAGUAGACGGCAUAUUGGAUAAAGUUCGGAACAAACAUUAUCAGAUAGCUUGUACAUUGACAUUUGAGGCUGUCCACGAUGCUCCCUACGACAGUGGCAUCAACCACCCAAAUCAGUACUUUGAUGCAAGCCGAAAGAUACUCCAGAAUAAGAUGGAGAGCACUUAAUUUGGAUGUGUUUAUGGCCAACAAGCUGACCCAUCUUCGAUGCGAUUAGUUCUUAUUCCAUGUCAAAUGUUUUGGAGGUUGAAUCAAGUGUAUGUUGAUGGUUGAUCAAUAGUUUGUAGAAUAAACUUUGCAGUGUACUGCGACUAACUUAAAGAUCCUCUGGUGCCAUGAAAUAGAAAGUUGCAAACUGUUACAUUAAA